AUGCCUAAGUUGAUUAGACGUGACGAUUCGGAUGAUGGGAAGAGAAGAGGCGCCAUGACGAACAACGACGAUGUACAACAAAUGGCGGCAGUAUUUCGUGUACCAGGAUGGAGCGAGCAGGACGUGUUGGUGUGUUACAAACUCUUCUUUGAAAAGGCUCUCGCAUUGAACGAAAUUCACAGGCCCUCGGUGUUUCAACUCAAUAUGGACUCCACUGGCGCGAGAUCUGUCACAAUUAUUGGAUCUGUUGAAAACCGGGCUGUUAGAGAACAAAUACAGCGGCUACGGAACCACUACAACCUUUUCAGGAAGUUUCUGCAGAGAACGCACUCAAAAAUCCAUUCGGAAAGUGGCGAGGUUAGGGUGAACAAAUUCUAUUGGUUAUACGUGUGGCCCGAGAAAAUCCUAUCGAACGAUUUCUCCGAACAACUGGCUUCAAAUGGCACGACGAAUGCAUGG